AUGGAGCAACAACUUUCAACUACGCGUUUGUGAACAUCAAGACACAAUUGCCGAAGUAUUGCUAUUUCUUCUUUAAUGUCCUUUACAUCUGAAAAAAUGUGAUUGUUCACUACCCUACCCUACGUGGUGCCGCAAACAAGUCCACGUUAGAAGAAAACUAAGAAGUCAUAUCUUGGCUUAUAGCAGUACCAGGCAAUGAAGGAGAAGAGACAGAAUCGGCGGCGUUGCUAGUUAGUUUUGUUGCAGCCCCAAUUUUGGACUUGACUUUCGACAAGAGGGUUGGUUUGGGGGCUGCUCCAGUCGAGGACUUGGUAGAAGUGGUAGAAACCGAUGGUUCACCGGACGGAUCCUUAGAGGUAGACUUUGAAGUUUUAGACACAGCACUAGUCGGAACCAACUUGAGGUAG